UAGUAAACACAACCAUCGGCUUCCUAAACAGCGUACGUACCCCAACACCAACCAUCCAUCCACCCACUAACAAUCCCAGGACGCCCAAUUAGGCUGGAGCUACAUCGAAUACGACGACGGCUGGCCCGUCGCCAGAGCAAAAGCCAGCAGCGCGCCGUCUCGAGCCAACUACACCAUCAAUCUUAUGGUGCUGAUGUGUAUGUGCUUUUUAAUUCUGAAUCUGUUGCGAAAGCGUUCGUCGGGCCCAAAACUCAUUGCUUGUGUGGCCUUUUUAGUCGUUUGGGUUUUGGUUUGGAUUGUGCGGUGAUGCCGUGCGUUGUCAACACCUGUAUAUUUUGUGUUAUUGAGUGGGUUUAUGGCUCUGUUGCCUUUAUGAGUGUACUGCCAUGGUGCUCAGGAUGCGUCCUUGGCGACCCCGUCAGGCACUCGCAGGAAUUAACCCGUCAGGGCAUCGCGGCGCGACUGUGUCCAUGCUGGUUCUGCAUGGAGGGCAUGCACUCCGCCAACGGUAUUGCGGGUAUGUCGCUAUGGCAUACUCACGGAGUCAUACAUUCGACGCAACGCGAUUCUCAUUCCGUCCGUCGUACCUGGUACCGAUAACCAGGGAAACCCACUAUUACCCUUGUCGCCAUAUCUGCGGCUGACAGUCGUUCCCCAUGGACGAUUAUAUUGAUGACUGUGUUUCUGUUACUCAAGCAGAUGGAAGCGGGUUGUUUUGUUUGAUGUUAGAUUCGAGAUACCCAUAGACCUGUUUAUGCACUAGUCACAUCAGGACAAGUUUGCGACAGAA